AUGUUUGGGUCUGGCAGAGACUUCGUCUUCAGCGUUUCGCGAGAGGAUGUGCAAAAGAUGCAGACGCCCAUGCUUGUGCUGAUGGGCCUGGACCAGUACCAUCCCGCGGAAACGGCGCGGGAGAUUGCGCGCUUGGCUCCAGCAGCGGAGCUGGUCGAAAGGUGGAAAGACAGCCCGGAGCUGAUCGAGGAGGCAGUUGACAAGAUCCUGAGCUUUCUGGCUCGAUGGGGUGUUGGCAUCGUCCGGGCAGACUUGUAA